AUGGCAGAUCCUUUAGAGGUUAUCAUACAAAACAAUCUGCUCUUCAAUGCCAUCUGCAAGAAAUUCCCACAUUACAUAUCAAACAUCCACGUGAAUGAUUGGACUUUAUGUCUGCCAGCUACCUCAAUCCAAGCCAAUUCUAUCAGUGAGGAGUUUGUCGCAACUCAUGUCUUGAGACCAACAUACAACGAGGACGAGUACACAACUGUAAACAAUAAGCAGGUUUAUUUGCAGGACGGGACUAUUCGAACUGGACAAGGAUUUCCUGUUGAAAGAAUCUCUCACGUAUUGGCGGAUAUUCUAUACCGAGACGACAUUGUGAAACCCAUCAAUGUUUAUCUAGUUGACGUCCCGUUUAUAAAGCCUGACGUAGAGGAGAUAGACUAUCAUCUGGCUGAAUCGGCAGCAACAUUACCGAUUCUACUCAGAGAAAUCAGAAGCGAUGUGGAGCUCAAUGAGAUUGAUGGAGCAAUUGCUCAAUUUAACGAUCAAGUGAUUACUCUGACAGAACUGGAUGCUUUACUUGCUGAGAUCAAGAAGCUGCUUGGAUUUUGCUUCGAGAGAAUUGCCUGUCUACAUGAACGAAUAGAGCCACUUCUUCAUCGUCUAAAUUUAUCUGUAGACACACUCUAUCAAGUCACAGAAACUUACGUGAUGGAGAACACGUAUGAAGUUUGCUACUUCAUACUACAAAGGGCUCAUCGUAACGAGGAUGCCGACAUGGCAGACGCUUUGAGUCGAAUACAGCAUCUUGAUAUCAAUCAGAUGGGACUGAGAUUCAACUAUGGGAAAAACGUCGUCGCUGCUGUCACAGAAUUCAAGUCUAUAUCGCUACUGCGUACGCCGUUUGAAAAAAUAAAGAAAUUGAUGAGGAGCAUAUACGCUCUGACUGGAUCAGAUCCAACGAUGACUAGCGACCAACUUAUACCCUUAAUGAUCUUUAUGUUGAUACGGUCGAAUCAAGUAAAUCUUUUGUCCACGUUAUAUUAUAUGAAGACAUUCAUCUUCGAGCACGAUAUUAUAUCAGGAGAAUUGGGCUACGGAUUAUCCACAUUGGAAGCUGUGAUUUCUUACAUCACGAAUAAUAAAGACAGUUUGGCCGAUCUGUCUAUAAAGAACCUUGCUUUCUGGGGUGCUGUGAUUAGUGGCGAUGUCGAAGAAGUAGGACGAAUGUUAGAUCUAGCAGGAUAUUCUAUAGUAUCGCAACAGUCGCUACAGUCGCCCCCAUCACCUUCGAAAUCGUCGUUUCCAUUCCAGGAAGACACGCUCAUGUGGGUCUCCGUCGUAAAUUCUCGAGAUUUUGAUGGAAAUAAUGCGUUGCUCUUGGCUGCUCAAAAUCGUCAAUUGCCUGUAGUAUCUACAUUAUGUCAAUCUUAUGUGGCGUGGAGAACCUACUUGGAAGAUGCAGCCAUAAAUCUGAACGUCCGAAGAAUUUCCAGCGAAUAUCAACAUCCUGGAAAUCCUGAUACCUACAACUAUACCCUAAAUACAUCCCUGCACCUCGCUGUUAUCUUAAAUGACUUCGCUCAGGUAGACUUGUUGCUCGCACAAGAUGCGAGCAUAGACAAAAGCAAUGAGAAUGGAGAAACGCCACUUAUUAUAGCAUGUAGACUGCAGAAUAUAGAGAUGAUUGAUAAACUAAUUCAAGCAGGAGCCGAUGUAAACGCUGCCACGUCAAACGGCACGACCUGUUUACAUCUAGCCAACCUGGAAAUGGUCCGUUUGCUUCUAUACCUCCCGCAUAUAAAUCCGAAUAUAAAAAACCUUGAAGGUUUGACGCCGUUACUGUACCAUUGUCAACACGGACGACAACCGAUCGUCUCUGUGCUUGUCAAAAACCCAAAAGUCGAUAUAAAUAGUAAAGAUCUAGGGCACAGGACAACUCUUCAUCUAUGUUGUUUCCGUGGAUACUCUGUCUUGGUCGAACAGAUUCUGUCUCGUGGGGAAGAAGUGCUUGUCGAUGAGACCUCACUCAAGGGAAAUACUGGCUUGCACGCAGCAGCAGAUGCUGAACACAUAGAGAUUGUUUUGAUGCUCUUGCAAUUUGGAGCUGAUCCUACUGUUAGGAAUCUGCAGGGCAAAACCGCUGCUGAUCUUGCCAAGAACGAAGAUAUACGAGAGCUAUUAGACGAUUAUUCUCUGUUUCGUUCUGGAGAGCAUAAACAGCAAGAACGGGUAGCUUCUGUGGCAAGAGCCAUUCCACUGCUGCACGACAAAAUAGUGCUCGUCGUCAAAUCUGGACUUUAUCCCGAUAUAUCGUCAAUUACCACUGUACAUAGAGAACUACAAGACUUUGCACUCUUAAGGCAGCAACUGCUAGUAGAGCGGCCCGAAGCAUGUCUGCCAGAGCUCAAGGACCUCGUGAAUCAUCCUGCAUUUGGCGUUGGUGUCAAACCCGGCGAAGGAUUGUCGCAACGACAACUCCGACGUCUUGUCAGACGUUUGCAUAGAUUCUUAAACUUCUUACUCCAACAUCCUGUAUUCAGACACUCAGAACUCGUAUGGGAAUUCUGUGUUGUCACAGACAUUGAAGUAGAUAUGAUACUAUCCAGGACAAAACUGAAGGUAGAGCAUGAACAGGAGCAGGUCGCCGAUACAGUAUCGCCUGUAAUCCGGGAUUUAGAAAACGACACGAUAUGGAGAAAUGCGGAUACGACUCUCUCGAUGCUAAAUAUUGAUGUGAAGCAGACAGGACUUGCUGCGAAGCGACUUGGAAAGGCUCGUAAAGAUAUGUCGAAUCAGAUACGAACGUUACGAUGGCAUGUUGGCCGUCCAUCGUCUCUCAUACUCGAAUCUAGCAUCAAAUCUUCGAUGGUAGAUUUGAUGCGAAAAGUGACAGACGUGAUGGGAAAGCAGAGUUUGGAAGAUGUAUGGGAUAUCGGUGAACCCAUAUACGAAUCGCAUCAUGAUUUCGGACUGAACGUGUUGAAGAAGCACGAAGAUCGUGUCCACACAUAUACAGAUGCUGCCGCAAAAGUAGCAGCUCAUGUAACUACCAUCUCUCGAUUGGAAGCCGUACCAAAAGCUCUUGGGUCCAUGAUACCGUCCAUCUUUACGGGAUUUUCCGACGAUGGUAGAGCCAAGCGACUGUCUGAAAUGUACUUUCAGCUGGAAUCUCUUCAACAGGCCGCAGAUAAGACUGCAUCUUUGCUAAAUCAUGGAGACUCGCAGUUGAUUCAAGAAUUGUCUUUUUUUCACAAGAAACGUGCCGACGAUAUUAUUCGUAAUCUUCAAAAUUAUGCUUCACGGCAGCUAGCUGGUGAGAGAACUGUCAAAGACGCCGUCACAGAUGCCAUAAGAUCUUUAGAUGGUUAUUCAGCCACGAAGGCUCAACAAGCCUCUCGAGUAUCUAUAGUAGGAGCAAACACAGACGACCUUAUUAUAAGACAAGAGGAGCCUAGUGAACGAAUUGAAGAGAUGGAAGAAUCCUUUAAUGGAUCUGGCGCAAAUACUCCAUUUACCGAUGAAUAG